AUGAACAGUAUUCGGAUUCUUCCAUGAGACUUUCCCCUUGAUUUUGUGGUCCGAUUUUGAUGUUUAUUGAUUCCUUGGAGUCGUAUAACAAUGGAGAACACUAUUAUGAGAUCAAUUUCGAAGAUUUGUGGAGGAUUUUGGCUCAAUUGAAGGUCAACUCAGUCGCUGUUACUGUUCACAGCGGAAAUUGCAGGUAUGAUUUCCCUCGGUUUGCAGCUGAUUUGAACACCAAAAUUGAGGUAUUGUGGGCGACUUGGAGUGCUUAAACAUAUUCUAAAGCUUUUGGAUCAAUCCCAACAAGAACUUGUGAUUUUUGGCUUCAAUUGGAUUUUCGGGUACUGUUCACUGCGAGAAACCAGCUCCAGGUUCCUGCUGCCAAUUUCCUCUGCUUUUGUUCUCACUUUGGGUGAUUCCCAAGUGUUUUUUGAGCUGUGUUGGGUGAUUCCCACGUAUGUUUGAGCUGUUUUGGGUGAUUCCCAUGUUUCAUUGAGUUGUUCUCCUGUUUUUGGUGGUGUUUGUCUUUGUUUGUGCUGGUUUUUCCCCCUGGUCAUUCCCUUGUUGCUGCCUUCUUGCACCACUGCUGUUUUUUGUUGGUUUGAGCUAUGGGUCAUAGUAAGAAGAACAAGAUGAAGAAGGGAACUAGGAAAAACAGCCAUAACAUUACAAACUUUGUCUUUGAUGGAACGCCGGUUAGUGAGGCAAAGCAGCGGGGGGCUGCCGGUCAGAGCAGUGGUAAACCACACCAAUGUAAUGAUGCUGGCCAGGCCUCCUCCUCUUCGGCUGGUGUUAGUGUCACGCUAAACUCAGUCGACACCUUCUCCGGUGAGGAAAACGCUUUGUCACCUACGCCUAUUGGGGGAAAACAGGAUUUUGCAACGGCUUUCGGACUUGAAAGUAAAACCAACAGCCCCAUGCCUACUUCAUCAUCCACUUCGGCUAACCGGGAUCCUGACGAAGGUAUUCCUUUGGAAAAAGUUGAGGUUGGGGAGAAGGUCAUCAUCCCGAUUGAGGGAUAUCCUUCUCUUGAGGAAGACUGGGGGCAUUGCUUAGUGGGCUGCUUCACAGGCCGGUUCCCGGGCAUCAAAGCCAUAGAGGAUCUCAUUACCUCAUGAGGCGUACAAUGUAAGCUCCUCCCUCACGAACGGGGCUGGGUCCUUUUCCAGUUCCUUAGUGAUGAAGACCGAAGGAUUGUUCUCCAAAAUGGGCCUUACCAGCUCUUUGGUAAGACUCUAUUACUUCGCAUUCUUCCGGAGGACUUUCGCUUCAACUUUGAUGCCUUCAUGACGGUUGAUGUGUGGGUUAAGUUCGUUAACGUCCCAUUGCGAUGUUGGAAUAAAAUUGCACUUCAAUGUUUGGGGUCGAGAGUGGGAACCCCCAAGCGGACUGACCAAGGUACAAAGAGACGGGGGAGGAUUAGUUUCUGCAGGAUGUUGAUCCAGGUGGACAUGUCUAAAGAGCUACAUACCUCCUUUGAGGUUAGCCUACCGGAUGGGGGUACUUACAUCCAGAAGGUUGUGUAUGAGGGCCUCCCAAAAUAUUGUUUUCAUUGCAAGAAAUUUGGGCACAACCUUCUAGAUUGUAGGGUUCUCCGGGCCCUUCGUCUCAGAAAAAACAGGGAUUUUGUUGGCAAAACGUCCAAGCGCACGAUGGGAAAAGGUAAGCACGUUGUUGAGGGGGACAAUCCCACUACCUCUAGUGGUCAAACCUCCAACAAAACAAGUGGAAAACAGGCUGGAAACACUGCUGUAGCAGGCACAGAGGCCACUGCCAGCGUUGCUGCCAAGCCCAAAACAGCAUUCCAGUCCCUGCCUCCCGAACCUGCUGCCUUGCCUAGUGUGCUGGAUGAGAGUGGCGCAGUUGGAAACUGCCCAAGACCUACUGCCAAGCCCGUGGCAGAGGGUAAUAUCCUGGUCCCUGAAGCAAACCGGAAGAAGAAGAAAAACAGUGAAACACCUAACAAAGCUGCGAAUGUUGAGCUGCCUUGUGCCGAACCCCGUACAUCUUUGAAAGCUGUGGAUGGGUUGAAUAACGACCAAACCACCAUCAAGAAGAUUGUUCAACGCAGGGGGAAGGCCAAGCAACCAGCUGGCCUUGAUGACAUCAACCACGGCCUUGUCGCCGGUCCCUCCUCCGCGACGCCAAAGGAUACUGCCGCGGCCAUUCCAGUGGCUAAAACUGCUGCACCUACGGCUGGACAGGGGGACACACCAGUGCUGCCAAAUGCUGGUAAGGAAGGCAAUGCAACGCCCAAAGUUGUACCCAAGGCAUGGAAACCGCCGUUCAAGGCGGUGCAGGCGGCCUUGAAGCCACAUGUAAUCUCGCCCCCAAUAAUCCGUGCAGCCUCCCAAGUCUGAUAGCCCCGAUUUCAUGCGGCGUUGGAGGGAAAAAAGACACUUUAUGAUGCUGAAAACAAAAAGAUUGCGGACAGCCAUAAUGGGCAUAAGGAACUAGCCGCUUACAACACAAAACACUAUGGGAGACCAGAAGGUGAAUCAUCUACGUUUCCUAUUGUAUUGUGCUAGUUAAUGCUUUUCCUUUAGCUUGAUAUGAGUUGUCUUUGAUUUGAUAGGGGUAUGCCCUGGUACAUUGUAUUUUAACUUCGUAAUUGUACUUUGUAAUGACUCUUGGAUUUUAAUAAUUUACAUUUUAUCCU